UGGUCAAAAAAACAGAAACAAAACUGGAGCAUACAUGACUUUUUUUAUAUAAAUACUUGUGAAUGCAGCAGCAGCGCUCAGUCACUUCUAUCUCUUUAAUUUCCGACAGCACUUGAAGGCAGCAGGAUGGCUCGAAAAGUCACAAAGCUCUUUUGUCCCCUUCAGGUUUUUAUUAAAAGGACAUGGAAAUGAAUUGAACUAGUCCCACUUUUUUAUUUAAAGACAACUUUUUUAAAACACAAAACUUAGAAAAUGUUAAGAAUAAACUUUAAACUUUGUUUACAACUAGUUUGUUUGAGCUAAUCUGUGUUUGAUACAAAGAAAUUUGAAUCCGCUACCAAGAAAAAAGAAGAAGAAGAAGAAGAAGAACGUGAGCAGGGAGGAGGAGGUGGGCACAAACAGAUGAAAAAACGCUCAUUCCGGUUGUUUCCAUUAGAUGAACGUGUCAAGGGGAGAAGAGGGGGCUGGAAAUUCCUCAGGAGCUGCAGGCUGAGGAGGAGGGGGGGACUUCCUACUUCCUCCCAUCUUUUCUGCACGUUAUAACUCAGAUUUACAGGGGGAAAACUGCACUCUGCGGCCGCGGAGUCAAACAAAGUUUUUCGGACACUUUUUUUUCCCCAGGAUUUCUCGACACACCGAGGAGGGGGAAGUUAGCGGGUCCAGACCGGCGGGACAGGAAAAAAAAAAAAACACUAAAAACAUGUUGGACUGAGUUCAGAACCGGGAGAAGAAACGGAACUUACAGAAGAUGUUUCGAAAAAAAGCCUCUUCCUCCUUGAGAGUGAGAAGGAUAACUGAAAGCUCUAAAUGGAGUAUCGACCGAGCUCGGAGCUCGUCCUUUCAUGAGGUUGGUCACCAGCGUGAGAUGGAGAUGAGGGCUGCAGCUGAGGAGUCGUCCAACAGCAGCAACAGCGUCGCAGGUAGCGGCAGCACGGUCCUGCAACGCCUCCUGCAGGAGCAAAUCAACAGAAACUAUGUCCUGCAACAACAGCAGCAGUCUGGAGGAGGUGGUGGAGCAGCAGGGGGAGGGGGAGGAGGUUAUAUGGUCCAGGGACAGGUAAGCCCUUCUGAUGAUCACUCCAUAACUGCCCACAUUGCACGUCAAGAACCUCAGGGACAGGAACUGCAGACGGACAAUGGCCUUGAGAAGCUCGGCUCCCUCAGAGUCGGAGGAGGAGGUGGGAGCAGUGGAGGAGGAGGCUGUGUCGGGACCUGUGGUGGAGGAGGUGGAGGCAGCAGUGGUAGUGGAGGUGGUGGGAGCAACCAAGGCCAGUGCCCAAACCCAGAAGACCUCCCCACGUAUGAAGAAGCCAAAGUACAGUCCCAGUACUUUCGUGGCCAAGGGCCUCCUCCCCAGGCUCAGCAGCAGAACAGCUCACCCCAGCAGCCCCCACUGCCCACCUCGGUGAGUGCCGCCUAUUAUGUGACUGGGCUGGGCGGUGCUAAGGUACGUACCGAGGGUCGACCAACACUGCAGCGAGUCAGCGGCGCAGGAAAGGUGCACCAGGACGAUGGACUGAAGGACCUGAAGCAAGGCCACGUUCGGUCUCUGAGUGAGCGGCUGAUGCAGCUCUCUUUAGCCACCAGUGGUGUGAAGGCCCACCCCCCAGUAAGCAGCACCCCCCUGUCCCCCCAGCUGCCUCUUCCUGGGCAGUCCGGUGACUACUACAAGUCCCCGCAUCGAGGCCCUCCUCCAGACUACCCAUAUAAAGGAAUGGGUUCUUCUGGCAAACUGCAGGACUCUGCAGGUCACUUUUACCAAGAACUGAGAGGGAGGGAACACUCCAGGGAGGUCCCAAAUGUCCGAUACCAGCCCCCACCCGAGUAUGGCUCAUUCAGAUCCAGUAAGGAGGGUUCUGUUCACUACCAGAGACCCCUGCACCAACACAGCCCCACGUCCUCUGUCACUUCCGUUGGCUCUCUGUCUCGUGCCCAGUCCUCGACCCUCAGCAGCAUCCUCUCUGCUUCCCAUUCCUCACAUCCCUCCAUUCCUCACCAACAACCUCAGAGCCACGGAGACACUUUCCCCACGAUGGGCCCUCGUAGUCCCCAGGGAGCAGGCUCCCACCCUGUGGCAGAGCCCUUCGCCCCAGGACCUGGUCAUCAGACUUCUCAGAGGGGUCAGACAUUCCCCAUGGACCCCUACGGCUCGUCUCCACGGUUUCACCAUCAGCAGCACACUCAGUGUCAGCAGCAGCCCUUCCAAGUGCCUGCACCUCUGCAGCCCCAGCUGUCAGUUCAACCUGGACACUUUUCUCUGCCACAGUCCUACCCACAGCUGCAGGGGGGGGAGCCGUAUGCUAUGAUGUCUCGGGCCCAGCACAUGGUUGAUGUACUGACAGAAGAAAACAGGAUGCUGAGGCAGGAAAUGGAAGCAUGUCGGGAGAAAGUCACAAAGCUGCACAAGUUGGAAACGGAGAUCCAGCUGGUGUCAGAGGCGUAUGAAAACCUUGCYAAGUCCUCCUCCAAGAGGGAGUCCCUUGAGAAAACUAUGAGGAACAAGUUGGAGCUGGAGGUUCGCCGUCUGCAUGACUUCAACAGGGACCUAAGAGAGCGCAUGGAGACUGCUAAUAAGCAACUUGCCUCUAAAGAGUGUGAUGGCUCAGAAGACAACCGUAAAACCAUCUCCCAGCUGCUGACACAGAACAAAGAAACUGUGCGAGAGAAGGAGAAACUGGAGAUGGAGUUGAAUGCUCUUCGCUCCACCACAGAGGAUCAGAGGAGACACAUUGAGAUCAGAGACCAGGCACUGAACAACGCCCAGGCAAAGGUGGUCAAACUGGAAGAAGAGCGUCAGGGCAACUCUCAGAGCAACGGUGCGGUUCCCUCUGAGUACAAUGCCACGGCCCUGAUGGAGCACCUGAGGGAGAAGGAGGAGCGUAUCCUGGCUCUGGAGGCUGACAUGACCAAGUGGGAACAGAAGUACCUGGAGGAGAGCGUGAUGAGGCAGUUUGCUCUGGAUGUUGCUGCUUCUGUAGCAACUCAGAGGGAUACAAGCACAGCAGGAGGCAGCCACUCUCCGACCAGCAGCUACGACACAUCAGUCGAAGCUCGAAUCCAGAAGGAGGAGGAAGAGAUCCUCAUGGCCAAUCGCCGCUGCCUGGACAUGGAGAGCAGGAUAAAGAAUCUUCAUGCCCAGAUCAUUGAGAAGGAUGCUAUGAUCAAAGUGCUUCAUCAGCGCUCCAGGAAAGAGCCGGUCAAGUCAGAUGCCCCAUCAGCCAUGAGGCCUUCCAAGUCUCUGAUGUCCAUCUCCAACACUGGUUCUGGUGGGUCAGGACUGCUUUCUCACAGCCUCGGACUCAGCAGCUCACCGAUUACUGAAGAGCGCAAGGACACCAGCUGGAAGGGCAGUCUGGGAGUUCUGCUGGGUCCAGAAUGUCGUACAGAGUCUCUGAGGACAGAGUCAAUCUCGUCAUCUCCGUCUCCUGUCCUGUCUUCGACCCCGAUGACCACAGGACACUCAAAGACAGGCAGCAGGGACAGCUGCACGCAGACUGACAAGGGUCAGAACCAGGACAGCAGCAAGCCUAACACUCCAGCCCUGCAGAGUAUGACCUUACCGGCCCGCCUGUCCAGCCCCAGCCCCGUCUACAUCCCUGAUCGGUUAGCAGAUGUCCCAGUGUUCCACAGCAGCACCCUUGAUAGGAGGUUUCCUGCCCAGUCCCACCCACCACAACCAGCUCCUCCUGCAGCCGCUCCGACCCAGCAGGAGGUGGAUUCAGACCUGGUAGAAAUCCUCAUCUGAGUCUGUCAUGUCAUCGUUCACACCCCCACAGAGCUGAUCGGACAGCAGCUUAAUCACAAACACACACUCGUCUCAUCUCUUCUUCACCAUCAUCCAAAAUCAACACUUUAUCUGGGACAUAUCUGCACGAGAAGUUUCGUUUGUUUGUUUGUUUGUUUGUUUGUUUGUUUGUUUGUUUGUUUGUUUGUUUGUUUGUUUGUUUGUAGAAUUGCCCGACUGAAGGAACUCGUAAGCACAGAAACAAAAAGGUACAUAUGUAACAAUCCUGUUUUAUCUCUAAAAUGUGACACUCAAACACAUYCAAUUUAUGCUUUUAUGUAUUUAUUUUUGCUUUACUUUACUUUUGAAAACCAUUUAAUAUAAAGUGAUGUGGAAGMUUUAACAUGGAUUAGCUAAACUAAGUACAUGUCACUAAAACAAUUAGGAAGCACUGAGAGCCAAAAUACUUGUUGCACAAGUAGGGCUGGGCGAUAUGGCCCCCCAAAAAAAUCUCAGAUUUUUUUCAUCCUAAAUUCG